AUGGAUCUGGAUAUGUCCAUUCUAUGUUUAAUCCAUGCUAUUUAUAUUAUAAUUAAGGAUAGAAGAAUGGUUGAAGAACAAACUGCAAUAGUAUAUCCACAAAGAAAACAUGAAAAUUUACAACAACAACAUUUAUAUCAACAAGAUGAUGAGUAUACUAACGUUCCAUCAAAUUAUUCCGGAAGUCAACAUCGCGACGAUAAGAAUAAGAACUCCAAUGAAUAUCAAAGGAAUGGAGAAAAGGGGAAGAAUGAAUAUGGCAUUAAUACCUCCAGUAAGGGCGAAACGAGAGAAUACCCAAUUAGGGCCUCGACACAGCGUGAAAAGAAUGACCAAGGAAUUUCCUCUGACCAACAGGAAAAGAAUCAAUAUCCGAUUAAUGCUUCUGGACAAGGCGGGCAGAAUAAUCCUGCUGAUCAAUAUCCAUUCGAAGAUAAGUUUGACAAGAAUAGGAAUGAUGAUCAAAUGAAUACUUCCGCACAAGCUGGAAAUAAUGGAUACCAAAGUAAUCCUUUUGGUCAAAAUGAAAAGAAUAACUAUCAAAUGAACNAAUGGAUACCAAAGUAA